CUGGGGAGAAAAAAAAAUUUUAAAAAUUUUCUCUUCCCUCCCUUCCAAAAUCUCUCCUUCUAAAUUGGAGGAUCCAUUCCUCUCCUUUCCUCCUCUUCCUCUCUCCUCUCACCUCCCUUCCCCUCCCCUCCCGCACUAACAACCUUCCUUCUUCACAGUCCAUUCAGUCGCUGAACAUUUGAUUCCCUUUUACCAAUUUGCCCAAACGCUCCUCCAAUGGCUGCACCAGGUCCUUCCACUGCUACAUCUUCUACGAUGAAGUAUCAUGUUUUCUUGAGUUUCAGAGGCACCGACACUCGCACCAACUUCACCGAUCACUUGUACGCUGCUUUGCUUCGACGAGGAAUUUUAACUUUCAGGGAUGAUGAAGAUCUUCCAAGAGGAGAAGUUAUUUCGGACAAACUCGUCCAAGCUAUUGAGCAAUCUAUGUUUGCGAUUGUUGUGCUCUCUGAGAAUUAUGCUUCUUCCUCUUGGUGUUUGGAUGAAUUGCACAAGAUCAUAGAAUCCAAAAGGGACUCCGAUCAAACAGUUUUUCCAGUUUUUUAUGGCAUAGAUCCAGCUGAUGUACGACAUCAGAAAAGAAAAUUUGCUACGGCUUUUGAGACCCAUGAGGUUGGAUUUUCAGAUGUUAAAGUGCAAAGAUGGAGAGAAGCUUUAACAAAGAUUGCUAAUUUAUCCGGUUGGGAUACAAGAAAUAAAUAUGAGGCGGAAAUUGUUGAAGACAUCGUCGGAUCUGUACACAAAUUAUGUUGUAAAUUGCCAUCCAAUUUUGAACAUUUAGUUGGAGACGUUCCAUCAAAGAAGCAUGAUCUUAUAGGAGACAUAAAUGACGACAAAGAAACAUGGUCUAUCGUAGCAAGAGUCAUCCGAAAGUGGCCGCUCAAACGUAAAGAUCCACCAUUUGCGGUGUGGGGCAUUACAAUGGUCCUAAUGGAUGAAAAGGGAUGUAGAAUAGAAGCUGGUGUGCAGAACAAAUGCUGGCUUGAAAGAUAUAUGGAAGAACCUCUAGAAGGAAAGAUUUUUGUGUUUGAGAACUUUAACGUGUUGCCAAACAAUAGUCAGUAUAAAACGACAGUACAUCCAUGGAAACUUGGAUUGCAUGGCAGUACUUACUUCAAGGAAGAAGAUGCAUCAAUUCCGGAUUAUAUAUAUGAUUUCAUCUCCAUUGAAGAUAUUCUUGAUCACUCAAGAAAAGCUGAAGCUUUAUUCGACGUUAUUGGGUUACUGAGAAGUUUUGGCACUGUUAAGAAACAAAAAUUACAAUUUGAUACUAUACCAAGGCUAGACUUCACCAUUGCUGAUGAACAGGAAAAGUCUAUCACUGUGCGUCUCUUUGGUCACUGUGCAACUGAUACUUUUUACAGUAAUCAGUUAGUGGAGGAUCUGCAUCAUGUUGUGGUUAUUCAGUUUGCAAGAAUCAAUAUUGACAAAGUUGACCCACAAAAAAUUCAGUUGUCCAACUUUGUCACUGCGACAAGGGUUUAUUUUAAUCCGGAUAUUCCAGAAGUCCAUAACUUAUUGAAGAGGUUGCAAGAGUCAUCUGAGAUGCCUCAAAACUUCACACAGGACGUUAAUCUUGAAAGCAAAGAAUCUACCACAUCAUCAAUGAUCACAUUUCCGAAAAGGUUUACGAUUGACCAAAUUUCAACAAUAGAUGAGGCAUGUGAAAUUGUUAUCCGAGCACGUAUAAAAAAGUUGGAAACAGCUCUAGGUUGGUGCUAUAAGGGAUGUGUAGUUCAUGAGUCAAAGCUAAAGGAGGAAAAUGGCCAGUUAUAUUGUGAGAAGUGCAAAAAGGAAAAAUCCCUAUCCGAACUGAAAUUUAAAGUCCACUACACUGUCGUAGACAACACUGGGACGGCAUCUGUGGUAUUCUUCAACAAAUUGGCGGAACAACUUAUUCAGUCAAAGGCCAUCAAAUUGAAGAAAUUACUAGAUAAGGAACGAAGAUCACACUCGUUCCCAUCAAAGUUGAGUGAUUGCAUUGGCAAGGAGUUGCUAAUGAAGGUCAAUGUCACUGACUAUAACAUGAAUCAUCGAUCAAGCAGCCUUACUGUCACUGAGUUCUCUGAUGACAAUUCUCUGUUGCGGCUAUUUACUCUCUCAAACAAGGAGUCUGACUUCUAUCAAAGGUCCAAGAGUGGGGCAGUAAUAUCAACUCCAGACGAUGAUGACUUAACCAUCUUCCAAAUGAUGACCCCUCAGCCUAUGAGUGUGAAGAGAAAACAAUAUCACAAGGAGACAACUUCUGAGCAAGACAUGGCUGAUUUGUCUCAUUGAGAGGUCUAAAAUUUAGCACAACCAAACCAUCGAAGAAAAUUAAACAAUCCAAACACUGAAAUCAAGUUUUAUGUUCACUGAUGUUCUACCAUGUCUUUUGUCCUAUUUUAAUUAUGAAGUUCACCUUCUAGAUCUUUUUUUUAUUUGUGUAUUCUCAACAACUCAUCUUAGAGUUAACUAGAUGCCUCAGUUUAGUGGACGUCCUUGUUUUUCCCUAUGGAUAACUUUCCUGGAUUUUUUGUUGGGACUGAUGGGUUUGCUUUUUGUGACACUCUUCAUUGUAUUCAUUCAAAGCCAUAGUACUGUUA